AUUUCCCGAUGCUCUAGUGCAAUAAUGACCCACCUGCCUCUGCUCCUCUCUGGGGCACUCUCUGUCUACAGGCACUGGAACUAACGACAGUCUCUCUGUGCUGCCUGAUGUCAGAGCUGAGAAAGGUGUCAGGGAUAUAUAAGAGGCAGAAAGGAAGAGGGAAAAGGAUUCUCCAGAGCUAGGUGCAAGCGUGGAAUUGUUGCAUGCACACUUCUUGCUAACCCAGAGGGCUCGCUGGCUUCUCCAGUUGCAUCUGUGGCCACAAAAAAGUUUGGCAGGAAAGAUGUGCAACCUAAAGCUGUCAGUUUUCUUCAUUGCACUUUCUGUCACUCUGAGCUGUUUGGAAGCUACACCUAUUGAGAGAUUACUGUCUGUGGCUGAUGAUCUAUCUGAUGGUACUUCCAAGAGACAAGGAUGGAUGCUGCCUGUAAUGUCACAGAAUACACUCCCCGGACUCAGUGAGGAGAUGCCAGAACAACCAGCAGCAAAGACUAGAAGCCACCAGCUGGAGAAGAGGAAGUGCAACACGGCCACGUGUGUGACCCAGCGCCUGGCCGAUUUCCUGGUGCGCUCCAGCGGCAGCGCGGGGGCCCUGUACCCCCCCACCAACGUGGGCUCCAACACCUACGGCAAGAGGGACACGCCAGGGCUGCCAGGCACACAGCCCCACAGCCAUGCACUGCUCUAG